AUGCAGGGGAUACAUAAGAACGAUCAGAGGCCCAUCAGUGAUGGUGUGGAAAGAUAUGAUACAUCCCACUCAGAUUAUGAUUAUUCAGAUGACGACGAUGAUUAUGAUGAAAUUUCAUUCACCGAGGCAAGGCUUAGGAAUAUCAAGUCGAUAGUACGCACACCAAGGCAAAUACGUUUAUCUAAAAGAUCGAAAGGAAUAUGGUUCAUAUCUCUUGUGGUUAUAUUAAUUGUGUACUACUGCCUCAAAACGAGCUUUCUUGGAGCAAAUAGUUAUAAUAAAACUGAUGUCGAUACCCUCACAGUCGAACAAGAUCUACAAGAAGAAGACACCGGUGACUUCAUAAGUCAAACAAAGAUAUCGUCUGAAAUAGACUCACCUUUUCAAAUUGGAUGUCGGGAACCACAUACAAAUCAGAAACGGGCCAAUGCAGCUCUUGUUAUAUUGGCAAGGAAUUCCGAAGUUAAACAGGUAAUCAAAUCUAUGAAGUCAAUGGAAAGGCAUUUCAACCAAUGGUUUAAUUAUCCAUGGGUAUUCUUAAACGAUGAGCCAUUCAGCAAAGAAUUUAAGAAAUCAGUUUCAAAGUAUACGUCUUCUAAAAUAGAGUUUGGUACUAUUCCGAAGAAAAAGUGGAAUUUUAGUGACAAAAUAGACAAGGACGAAUUACACGAGCAUAUUGCCAAUCAGGGUGAUCGAAGAAUCAUGUACGGAAACUCUGAAUCUUAUCAUAAAAUGUGUAGAUUCUUCUCAGGCUAUUUUUACAAACACGAGUUGGUAAAAAAACGAGAUUGGUACUGGAGAGUAGAGCCUGAUGUUGAAUUCUUCUGUGACUUGACAUACGAUCCGUUUAUAGAGAUGGAAAAGCAUAAUAAGAAGUAUGGUUUUAAUGUUCUUAUUGGAGAAUUAUAUUAUACGAUUCCGGGGUUGUUUAAAGAAACAAGGUCAUUUAUAAGGAAACAUGGUGUUCUGUUAGGCAAUGCGUGGAGCUUAUUUAUCAAAGAUUAUAAGUAUGCGGUAGGUAAAAAUGCGGCCAACUAUGAUGGUUUGAAAUCAAAGGCUGAUAUAUUACAAGCAAUAGAAGAAAAUAUUACAGUCAAGAAAUUUUUAUCUAUGAAAGAAAAAACAGAUGAACAAAUUUCCAAGUACGAUCUGCUGUUGUUGGAUUUAGUAGUCGAGAAGUCUAGAAAAAAACCUGAAUUGUAUGAAGAUAGAUUUGAUUUAGAAGAGUACAACAUGUGCCAUUUCUGGUCGAAUUUCGAAAUUGCUAGAACAGAUUUGUUCAAUUCUCCAGCAUACGAAGCUUAUUUUGAACACUUAGAAAAGAGCGGAGGUUUUUAUAAAGAACGAUGGGGUGAUGCACCUGUACAUUCCCUUGCAGUAGGAAUGUUGCUCGACCUCAAAGACAUUCAUUAUUUCCGUGAUAUCGGCUAUCAACACUCUGCGAUGAGCCAUUGUCCUGGGAACUCAAAAAGAUACCAGGUAAAGUAUCAACCUAGCGAAAAAUAUUACCUUAAGGAUUUGAAGGAGGACCAAGCGUGGCUCUCUCCUGAUGGCCCUCGUCCAAAUGGAAUUGGGUGUAGAUGUAGAUGCCCCAAGGCAAAGGACAUCGAAGACUCGCCUUCCUCGUGUGUCAAAUCAUGGGCUGACAUCACCAGCGACAAAUACAUUCCUCCUAAGCCAGUCGAUGUGGAUUUCUGGGAAGAUCAGAUCGAACGUCGUCUAAACAAUUUUCUCGCAACUGGCGGAACUCUAGGGCAAAGUAAUGUUGCCGAACAGCUACUAAAUUUCAAUUAA